CGGCGUCCUCUUUUUCUGUCUGCCUCCAUGUUGAGUGGAUCUCGGGGCUGGGGGAGCGAAGGUGCCUAGGCUGCUCAGGGCUGUCGGGGUGGAGGAAGGCCGUACCCGCGCUCCUUAGAGCGGGACGUGCUGGGCUGGGGUUUGCUGGGCUGGAGCUAGAGGAGCCGGGGCAGAAGAGAGGAGGCUCUGGAGUGGGCAUGGCGGCGGCAUCCUAGUGUGCUCUGGAUAUUCUGGAGGAGUUGCUUCUCUUUCCCUAGCUAGCCGGCUCCUGAAAGUGUUCAAAAAUGGCUUGGGCUCUGAAGCUGCCCUUAGCGGAUGAAGUCAUCGAGUCAGGCCUAGUUCAGGAUUUUGAUGCCAGCCUUUCUGGCAUUGGCCAAGAGCUAGGUGCUGGUGCGUACAGUAUGAGUGAUGUCCUUGCCUUGCCCAUCUUUAAGCAAGAAGAAUCCAGCUUGCCUCCUGACAAUGAGAACAAAAUUCUGCCCUUUCAGUAUGUAUUGUGUGCUGCCACUUCCCCUGCUGUGAAACUUCAUGAUGAAACUCUCACCUAUCUUAAUCAAGGUCAGUCUUAUGAAAUCAGAAUGCUGGACAACAGAAAAAUGGGGGAAUUGCCUGAACUAAAUGGGAAGCUUGUGAAGAGUAUAUUUAGAGUGGUGUUCCAUGAUCGGAGGCUGCAGUACACAGAGCAUCAGCAGUUGGAGGGCUGGAGAUGGAACAGGCCAGGGGACAGGAUCCUGGAUAUUGAUAUUCCAAUGUCUGUGGGUAUAAUAGAUCCCAGAGCAAAUCCAACACAGUUGAAUACAGUAGAGUUUCUUUGGGAUCCUUCAAAGAGGACUUCUGUAUUUAUUCAGGUGCAUUGCAUCAGUACAGAGUUCACUAUGAGGAAGCAUGGUGGAGAGAAGGGUGUGCCAUUCAGAGUCCAGAUUGACACCUUCAAGGAAAAUGAAAAUGGGGAAUACACAGAACAUUUGCAUUCUGCCAGUUGCCAGAUCAAAGUCUUCAAGCCCAAAGGAGCAGAUAGAAAACAAAAGACCGACAGAGAGAAAAUGGAAAAGCGAACUCCUCACGAGAAGGAAAAAUACCAACCUUCAUAUGAGACGACAAUACUUACAGAGUGCUCUCCAUGGCCUGAGAUUACAUAUGUCAACAAUGUGCCAUCACCUGGCUUUAGCAGUUCUCACAGCAGUUUCUCUAUCAGUGAAGGGAACGGGUCUCCAAAUCACCAACCUGAACCUCCAGCUCCAAUUACAGAUAACCUCUUGCCAACAUCCACACCUCAGGAAGCUCAGCAGUGGCUGCACCGGAAUCGCUUCUCAACUUUCUCGCGGCUUUUCACAAACUUCUCAGGGGCAGACUUACUGAAAUUAACCAGAGAAGAUGUCAUACAAAUAUGCGGUCCUGCAGAUGGCAUCAGACUCUUCAAUGCAUUGAAAGGACGGAUGGUACGGCCAAGGUUGACCAUCUAUGUUUGUCAAGAGUCACAGCAAUUGAGAGACCAGCAGAAACAUGAAGACGGGGAUGCAGCCAAUGGUACUUUUUUCGUUUACCAUGCAAUCUACUUAGAAGAAUUGACUGCUGUAGAGCUGACAGAAAAAAUAGCCCAACUCUUCAGCAUUUCCUCUCAACAAAUCAGCCAGAUCUACAAACAAGGGCCUACAGGGAUUCACGUACUCAUCAGUGAUGAGAUGAUACAGAACUUUCAAGAUGAAUCAUGUUUUGUCUUGGACACAAUGAAAGCUGAAACCAAUGAUAGUUACCACAUCAUCUUGAAAUAGAUGGGGACUUGACCUUCUUGCAUCUGCUCCACAUACACAGCUUCAUGGUCAGUUUUGGCAACUGGACACCAGCAGAGACCCACCUUGCUACCACAACAUGUUGUCUCCUAUUAGGUGAACAAUGUGUAAUGUACCACUACUGGCUUGUAGUAGAUACCAGUCAUAAGCACAGAGCUGCUUAUUUGUAGUUCAGUGAUGUUACUACAGUUGUUUGCUCAUUAAAACCGCCAGACUGUCCAGUGAUGGAACUUUGCAAUUAUGUGUAAUAGAAAGAGGGUUGUGUGAGGCUGUUUGCAAACUACAACCCUAGUACUUUAACAGACUAAAUGUUGUUGUGUUGGAUAUCUGGGCGCCCUAGGAACUGUGUAUCCAUUCUGGGGAAACUCUUGAAGGCCCAUAUCACUCAGUUGCUAAUGACAAGCCUAUUUUUAGCAAACUCUAGAUUGAAAAUUUGUUCCUGUUCUGACUUUUUAGGAACUUGUUUGAGAUAAAAGACUUGUAUACAUAAAGGUGCUCAUAUACAUACAUAUGUGAAUGAUUUCUCCUACUAGUACAAGUUAGGAGAAAGUCAUGAGUUUAUGAAAUCUACCUAUCUGGGGCUUCACUUGACACUCCUGUUAACGAGGAUUCAGAGGCAAAAAAAGAAAUGAUGAACUAAAUAUCCAGGGUUGUCUGCUGUUCACUUAAAGAACUCAACUCCAAAGGAAGAGAGAAAAGACCAUGUUAAAAAAAACAGCAACAAAGUAUUGGAGUGAUUUAUUUGGGAUUAUGUUGAACUGAUACAGAUUUUGGAACAAGAGUCUACAGGAAUUCACUGUCCUGUUACACAGCAAGAAUUUUAUAAUGCUUAUUGAAAAGCUUGUGAAUACUCCAUGGGGACAAAGUGCCUGCGUGUUCGUUUCCAGAGCAGCAACCGGUCUCUUAUAAAAUGGUUUCCACAUUUUGAAA